AUGGAAGCUGACCAAACCAGAUUCCUGCUUCUAUUAUUUCUUUUCAUGGGCCAAACAUCUCCAGACGUUGCUGCCGAAGUCCAGGAAUCCUCGGAUGGUUCUGGUGCUUCCCGGGAAGCUGUGUGGCUCACAGAUGUCCCAGCUACCAUGGAAUUCGUUGCUGCUGCUGAGGUGGCUGUCAUAGGUUUCUUCCAGGAUUUAGAAAUCCCAGCAGUGACCAUAUUCCAUAGUAUGGUGCAAACAUACCAAGCCGUGUCAUUUGGAAUCAGCUCUGAUUCUGAGGUUCUGGCCCACUACAACAUCACUGGGAACACCAUCUCCCUCUUUCGCCUGGUGGAUAACGAACGAUUGGAUUUAGAGAGCAAAGACGUUGAAAGCAUUGAUGCCUCCAAAUUAAGCCGCUUCAUUGAGAUCAACAGCCUCCACUUGGUGACAGAGUACAACCCUGUGACUGCGAUUGGCCUAUUUAAUAGCAUGAUCCAGAUUCACCUUUUACUGAUGAUGAACAAAGCCUCCCCGCAGUAUGAGGAAAGCAUGCACCGAUACCAAAACGCUGCCAAGCUCUUCCAGGGGAAGAUUCUUUUCAUUCUGGUGGACAGUGGUGUGAAGGCCAACGGGAAAGUGAUCUCAUUUUUCAAACUAAGGGAGUCUCAACUGCCCGCUUUGGCAAUUUACCGGACUGUAGAUGAGGAGUGGGAUACGCUGCCCAGAGCAGAAGUUUCAGUGGAGAACGUGCAGACCUUCUGUGAUGGAUUUCUAGAAGGGAAACGGCUGAGAGAAAAUCGUGAAUCAGAAGAAAAGACUCCAAAGGUGGAACUCUGAUCUCUC